UGUAAGCUCCAGGGUACCAUUCGUCUCCCUGCGUUCUCAAUGGAUGGUGACUAUGUCAUUGGUGGUGUUUUUGCCAUACACCAAUACAUGCACACAGUGAAGCACAACUACACCACCAUGCCUGAGCCACUGAUAUGCUCAGGAAGUGUUAUACCCCGUGAACUGCGCUUCUCACGUGCAAUGAUCUUCGCCAUCGAGGAGAUAAACAACAGCACGGAGCUGCUGCCAGGAAUCAAACUCGGUUAUCAGAUCUACGACUCGUGCGCCUCGGUGCCCGUGACGGUGCAUGUGGCAUUCCAGCUUUCAAAUAGCCUGGACCCGGUGUUUUACACUGGUGACAAUUGCUCACAAUCUGAUAUGGUGAUGGCUGUCGUUGGUGAGUCUGCGUCCUCGCCAUCCAUCGGCAUGUCACGCAUUAUCGGGUCAUUUAACAUCCCUCAAGUGAGCCACUUUGCAACUUGUGCAUGUCUGUCCAAUAAGCAGCAGUACCCAAAUUUCUUCAGAACCAUCCCUAGUGAUCAGUUCCAGGCUGACGCGCUGGCCAAGCUGGUAAAACACUUUGGCUGGACUUGGAUAGGUGCUGUCCGGUCAGAUUCAGACUAUGGCAAUAAUGGUAUGGCGUCUUUCCUGGACGCAGCACGCAAAGAGGGGAUCUGUGUGGAAUACUCUGAAUUGUUCGAUGGGAACCACCCACGCAGCUGGAUCCAGAGAGUAGCUGACGUUAUCCGCAGGUCAACAGCUAAGGUUGUUGUGGCAUUUACAUCCCCUGCAGACAUUAGGAUAUUGCUGAAAGAGCUGUCACUUGAGCCUUUUCCACCUCGCCAGUGGAUAGGCAGUGAAGCCUGGGUAACAGACCCAGACAUGCUGAGGUUCAGCUUCUGUUCUGGAGCCAUCGGAUUUGGCAUUCAGAAAUCUGUCAUCCCAGGUCUGAGAGACUUCUUGCUGGAUCUCUCUCCUUCUAAAGUGGCUGCCUCUCCAGUGCUUACUGAGUUCUGGGAGGAUGCAUUCAACUGCAGGCUGGGAAAAAAUUUAGCCACAGACGAGAGAGUGUGUGAUGGAACAGAAAACAUAAAGACGCUCCAGAGCCCGUACACUGACACAUCUCAGCUCCGGAUCACUAACAUGGUAUACAAGGCUGUUUAUGCAAUAACUCAUGCCAUUCAUAAAGCAGUGUGUCAGGAAACAAAUUCUACAACUCAGUGUGACAAAUUCAACAGGAUAGAGUCCAAAGAGGUUCUUACUCAGCUGAAGGAAGUACAUUUUUCCCAAAAUGGUUAUGAUGUGUCAUUUGAUGCCAACGGGGAUCCUGUGGCCAGAUAUGAGCUGAUUAACUGGCAAAAAAGUGAGAGUGGCAGUAUUGAGUUGGUGACAGUAGGGCAAUACGAUGCAUCACUGCCGGUGGGCCAGAAGUUCCAAAUCAACAGGAACAUUAACUGGGUUGAUGAUAGCACACAAGUUCCUGUGUCAGUGUGCUCUGACAGCUGUCCUCCAGGAACUCGUAAAGUGCUGCAGAAAGGAAAACCAAUCUGCUGUUAUGAUUGUAUACCGUGUCCCGAGGGAGAGAUUAGCAAUGCAACAGAUUCCUCUGAUUGUUUCCCUUGCCCCAAGGAGUUCUGGCCUAAUGCAGAGAAAGACACUUGUCUCCCCAAGCCUGUAGAGUUCCUUUCCUACAACGAGGUCCUAGGAAUCAUCCUGGCUGCAUUCUCAGUUGGUGGCGCCUGUCUGGCAAUAAUAACAGCAGCUGUGUUCUAUCGUCACAGGACAUCCCCGAUUGUCAGGGCCCCUGAGCUGAGCUUCCUGCGCUCUUCUCCUGAAACUCUAUGAUUUCGGUCAUUAAACUUCAUGGCACACCUCUGCGGUGUCUGCAUGCUGACGCCACACCGUCUUGGGAUCACCUUCGUCCUCUGUAUGUCUUUGUGUAUCUUGGAAAAGAUAGUAGUGUUUAUGGCCUUAGCUACACUCCCAGGUAGUAAUGUCAUGAAAUGGUUUGGUCCUCCACAGCAAAGAAGGACUGUAGUGUCUUUUACAUUCAUUCAAGUUUUAAUAUGUACCCUUUGGUUGGUUCUUAGUCCCCCUUUUCCAAUGAAGAACCUAACUAUAUACAAGGAGAGAAUCAUCCUGGAGUGUGCAUUAGGCUCAGCUGUUGGGUUCUGGGCUGUGCUCGGGUACAUAGGCCUACUGGCUGUCUUUUGCUUUGUGUUAGCUGUCCUAGCUCGGAAAUUACCUGAUAAUUUUAAUGAAGCCAAGCUCAUCACCUUCAGCAUGCUGAUAUUCUGUGCUGUCUGGAUCACCUUUAUCCCUGCAUAUCUCAGCUCUCCUGGGAAAUUUACUGUGGCUGUGGAGAUAUUUGCCAUUCUGGCCUCCAGCUUUGGACUAAUACUGUGUAUAUUUGCCCCAAAGUGUUUCAUCAUAUUGGUUAAGCCAGAGAAGAACACCAAGAAAUAUUUAAUGAACAAAAAUCAAUCUUAAGAAAUCUGAAGAUUGGAAAUAGUUAAGAUGGCAUCAUAAAGCGUGUAUACAAUGCACAUCCAA